CCCCUCAGUGCCACCGGGUGCCGCCCGUGGCACGGCAGCGGCGCCUUCCUUGGUCCCGGGGCCCGUCCAGCCUGGCCUCGGACACUGCCGGGGGCGGGACAGCCACAGCUGGUCUGUGCCAGUGCUCACCACCCUCGCAGAGAAGGAUUUCUUCCCAGUGUCCCAUCUGUCCCUGCCCUCUGGCAGUGGGAAGCAGUUCUGUCUUAUCCCGUCACUCCGAGCCCUUGUCCCCAGUCCCUCUCCAGCUAUCCUGGAGCCCCUUUAGGCACUGGAAAGGGCUCUGAGGUUUCCCAGAGCCUUGCCUUCUCCAGGCCAACAUGCCCAGUUUUCCAGCCUGGCUGCAGAGCAGAGGGGCUCAGCCCUCGGAACAUCUCCAUGGCCUCCUCCGGAGUCACCCCAGCUGCUCCGUGUCCUUCUCACGCUGGACACAGCUCCAGGUGGGUCUCAUCAGAGCACAGCAGAGAGGGUGAUCUUUUCACACCCCAAAGGUGUUUUCUCCUCAGUCUCAUGUCCACUUAAGACAGGAUCCUGACGAGAAUGAACGUUCCUGUGCUGUGGGAUCAGCAGGAAAGCACGAGGUCUGUGGAUGCUCUGCGGUGUGCGCGGAGGGCAGAGCUGGCAUCAGCACACACCACCAGUCUGCUGCUGGAUAGCCCCAACAAGCACCAGAGCCAGCCUGGCCUGUGGCAGGAAUUCCCCGUGCUCACCCCGGGAUCCAUCCCCACACAGCGCCUGCAGGCAGUCCCUGCCCUCUGCCCGCUGCUUGCAGCUCCCCAGGAAACCCCUGUCCAUGAGGAUGUGCCGCUGCUCUGCUCGCGAUAAAAACCCUCGUUCUUUAUCCGCCUGCAGCAGCUGGAGGGGAGCGCUGUGCACUGCUCCCGCCAGAGCUGCGUGCCCAGGGGCUGCCUGGAGGCCAGGGGUGCUUGGGGAGCGUGUGGUAGGGUUUUUCACCACCAGAAACCCAACAGGUUUCCCUGGGAAAAGGCAGGAGGGAAGGGUGCAGUGUGUGGCUCCCACCGUGACUGACAGUGAGCUUUUGUGUCCCAGAAGGAAAGUCGUUGCAUCCCAUCUUGCUUUUGCCAUUCAGCAUCACCAGCGGAGUGGAAUAUUCCACUGGGCAGCAGGAACAGCGUUCCCAGCCGGCGGGCUGAGGUCUGUCCCCUCCGUGGCGAUGCUCUCUGCCCGUGUCUGUAAAUCACCCUGCCCGCACCCCUGCCGAGUGCGGGACCUCGCUGCGGGCGGCUACGGAGGCUCGGGGUGCUCUUGCCCUGGGCCUCGGGGGCAAGCGGGUGCCUGUGAGCCCUGCUGAGGCAAGAGGGGGACAGGGUUGUUAAUAAUCCUUUAUUAACGACUAUGAAGUGAAAUGUCCCCACGGUCCCUCCCUGAGACCUUCGGGUUCAGCUCCAGAGGCACUCCCCCAGUGGAACCCCAUUGUGGGUGGGAUGAGAUGGAGUGUGUUCGUAUUUUUUCCUGGUGUAGAAAAAACGUCCUGCCGUGCUUUGCCCUUCCUUCCCCUUCCUCCUAUCCCCUUCCCCUCUUCUCCACCCCUGCCAUCCCCCGCGGGCCGGGCCGGGCCGGGCGGGGCCAGGCGGAGUCUUUUUCUCGCGGCGGGAGUCUUUUUCUCCCGGCGGGAUCUGCCGCUGCCACCGCUUCUCGCAGGAGCUGGAGCAGGAGCCGGGUUUGGAGUGGGCGCCGGAGCCUGGCAGCGCCGCAAGUAAGGGGGUGCGGGCAGGAUGGACCUCCCUCACCUCACGAGUCCCACUGACCUCCCCAAGCACAUCCUGGAUGUCUGGGUCAUCGUGUUGAUCAUCCUGGCCACCAUCCUCAUCAUGACAGUGCUGGUGCUGUGCCCGGCCACGGCCGUCAUCAUCUACCGAGUCCGAGCACACCCCACGCGCAACGGCAUCGUGUGAGCCACAGGCAGCUCGCUGGGCUGGGGCUACAGCCAUGGGGCCCUGUGCCAGGCACCUUGACAGGGCACCCUGAGAGCUGGAGCCUGGGCAGGAGCUGGGCCAGCGAGUGGGCCAGCGCCCAGACCUGCUCCCGUACCUGGCUCUCGCUGGGUACCCACUGCUCAUUUUGCCCCCUGAGCGCUUAGGGACCGUGGGGGAAAUGACAGCGUGGGCAGCAGUGGGGAGAGGUGUGACUUUGAGGACAUGUCCAGCUGGAAAUAUCUCACUCCCAUGAGGGAGGCAGGCUGGUCUCACCUUCACUGGUGACACUGUCUCCUCCCAGGCAAGCAGCAAGGAGUAGAAAUGCCUGAAAAAAAUAUUUCUUCUUCGGAGUCCCAGCUGUCAAGGUGGUUGGGGAAAAAAGAGUCAAAGCAAGAUGGAUGUGGCUUCUGGUUGUGCAUUUAGUGCUUGGCUAAAAGCAUCAGUGACAGAGCUAGUGCUGCUAGCACAGCAGACGUGCAGCUGGCACCAGCUUCUCCUCUACCCAUUAUCUACUGAAAUGGUAGGAAAAUCCUGCAGGGCUCUUGGUUCUUCUGGGUCUUGUGGGGCAGAGGAGUAUGUGCAGUUCCUGCCAGCCCUCCUGUCUGCACUCCCCACUCCUGACAGUGAGAGCUCCCACUGUUUGCCCAGCACACCAGCCCUGCUGGGAGUCUGUGCAUGCCUCACCUGGGCAGGUAAAGCGGGAGGAGCAGGUUUGUGCCCAGCCAGUGGCAAGGGAUCAUGUAAGCUCUUGUAUUGCCCUUUGUUAUGAAAUAAAUGGACUUUAUCCUUCA